UAUACAAAUAACUUUUAACUCUGGGUGAUUUUGCGAGGCUUGUCUUUAGCAUGCAAGGGGUGAUGUUCAUUAACAUGGGGGAGGGGCGAGGAUUCCAAGGCAAAUAAAGUUGUGGAUGUCUAACCCUUGACUUUGUUUAGUCACGGUGUGUGCCCUGAUCAGUGUACCUGUGAUGGUUUGACAUGUACUUAUUCUCACUAAUCAGAUUUAAAGAAUAUGAAUUUGCAAACAAAACACAGGCUGCCACUUAUUAAAUCUUAAUGAAAUGUCUACAACUUGGUUCAACACUUGAAACCAUUGCACAGUAAAAAUAAACAAAUAAUCCUAAACUAUUGAACUCUGUCUUACUCCAGCUCAUUCCCGAGUGGAAUAAUCUUCAAUUUAACUCUUAAAGUUUCUAUGUAUUAGAUUCUCUUUUUCACGGCAGCUGGGUUAAACCUUGUCAUAAACUAGAAACUGAAAACCUUAAAUGUUCAAUUAUUAAUGACUGAAACUCUUUAAACAUAAAAUUUUUAAACCUAACCGCAUGUUUUCAUUACCCUGUUAGCUCUAUCACAAACCUCAUAACACAGUAGUGGGGUUUAACAAGUUUUGAAGACACUACUCUCUUGAAUUAUUGGCACGUUUUGCUCCUCGACAUGGGGGAUUUCCCUCUGAAUGGUUUGGGCGACUUCACUGGCAAGGCCAUGGCUGGUGACUUGGAUGACGGUCUCUUCUACGGAACAGCUACAGCACAGAAUCAGCCCCUGGAUAACCAACUCCUCAACCAGAACAGUAAUAGACCUUUUCUUCUGACAUUUUAAUCUUGGUUAAUUCCAUCUUAGGUUCUCAGUAUUAGCCGUGAAACAUGUUAAAGUCUUCUUUAAAUAAACGUGUUGCAUUUAACAUUGUUAACCUAAAUAAAUUCAAAACAACUCAUUGCUACUAUAACUAAUGGCAGGGCUGUUUUGUUUUGGUUCUGUCAAAACAUGUCUUCAGAGACAAGAUUAUUUUAAAAUACAAUUUGGUUUUUCUUUAACCUUUGAUAAAGCCUUGAAGAAACUAACUUUCAAGUUUGCAAAUAUUUAGUUUUGAAACAAAAUGUUUGAUGCAAGACAACCAAUAGUCACCUUAAAAUUGAUGCAGGAGUUGACUCAGCAAGGGUUUCAAUUAUAAGUGAAUGAAAUCAGUGGUGUAUUGGUUUACCGACACCAGCUGACUGAACUUGUACCUUGUAGACAAAGUGUAAAUGAGAUACAACAGAUAUCCUGUGCACUAAAUGGAGUUUGACAAUUUUAAAAGGUGUGGGGUUGUAAAAUGUAAUUAAGCCUAUUCCUGUGUCAUUGUGACACAAUUAACAUUGGUAAUCAUUAAGCCAGAGUCUGAAGUUAAUUUGAAAUCUGCUUCUUUCAGUUCUGUUUUAACUUAAUUCCUAAACGUCAAAUUAUAUUAUUUAGUCAAAUAAUGUUUAUUAAAUUUAUUAUUAGAAUUAGUGUUUUCCUGUAGUUCACCAAAAUCAGACACGUGAAUACUGUGAAGUGGAAGAGCAGUAUCCCCAUGAGGUUUUUUCUUUGGUUAUGGGUUUGAAGAGAAACUAUACGCUUGGUUAGGUCAAGAGAUAGGAGAGUGUUGAGCUUCAAGUAGGUGCAAAGGGUUUCCCUUUCUGCCAAAUGAUCAAGCUCACUAGGAAGCUUUCUUCAAUUGCUAUGGAUAGGUCUCCUUUGGGAGUGUGAAUAGACGUCAGUGGGACAAUGCCAUUAUUCUGUUAAUUAUGCCAUGCUUUUCAAUAAAGUACAUGUAGGUUGAAAACUAAAGAAAAGUGUUGAAGGUGGACAAAAGACAAUGGCCUUGCUUGUGGCUUGUGAAUAAUUUAAAAAGAGUGGUUAACAAAAGCCAUGUGUUGUUUUUUGUGGUUAUCCUUUAAUUUGGCCCUGUUUAAAUGCAAGACUGGAGUGCAGCUUUCUCAGCAAAGUUGCUAAGCUGCAUUUAAUGCAGUUGCAUUUUUAGUUUUGGCUUCUAUUAGUUUUCAUCCACAUGUUAGUCUGGCUUUGUUUGCAUGUUAUUUCAUGGUUUGUGAACUCUAAGAAUUUGAUGCAAAUUUUCACAGACUAUGACAAGGUGAAUGAAGGUGUAAGUGGUGUAAAGAACAGUCUUAAAAGUCCAUAUUGGCCACAUAAAUCUGGAAUAUUUGUAGUUUCCUGGUGAAAUGUAAAAGCUGUAUAAGCUAAUGCAAGUACAGAGCAAUAUGAGCUUAAACUAGCAAUCACAAAAUAAUCAUUGCUAGGAACAAUGCUCCUGACAGUUAUCUCUGUGCGUUGUUCUGUAACUUGCUUUUAAUUUUACUUAAUGUUUGAGUUGAUUUUUCAAAGCCAAACAUUAACAACUUUUAUCAACAUGUAUUUGUUUAAGUUUUUCAGCAGCUUUGCUUUGUUAAAUUGGUGGAGUGCAUAUGAUAUUUUAAUUGCACCACACAAUGAGUUGCUUUGUAUUAGAGCAAGUUUAAUCUACAUGCACGUAAUUAUCUUAUUUCUCAAAGUAAAGUGUUGUUUAUAGAAAAACGAAAUAAUGUUUGUGAUUAGUUUAGCUGUUGUUUAACAUUCUUUCUGUAAUUGAAGGUAAAUAUGAGUUAAUUGGGCUAAUAUUAUCUUGCUGGUUCAUGCAUUUUAUUGCUGCUAAUUGCUGUUGAGUAAUUAUGUGCAUAGUUCUUGGUCUUCCGUUUCAAAUGACAAAGAUGGAGAAAUAGAGAUAAUCAAUGCAAUGAUGACUCAUUUAGCUCAUUCAUUCCCAAGUAACCAAAACAGAGUUCAUAAAACCACCUCAAUUUGCCUUAUGUAAAAUUUCAAAAUCAUAUACAGUGGUAUAGUUCCAUAUGAAAGAACUGUGCAUAAGUUUUAUUCUUGUAAGAAUAGAUGCAUUAAAGAAUUCGGCCUGAGACUCUAGCAUUAAUCAAAACUGAAUUUCAUGUCAUGAUCAAUGAAUGACUCUGGGACACAAUUCAGAUGCAGGUUAUCAAUGUGCUUAGUUUUAAACAAUAAUUCUUAAUUACGAGUGGAUACUUGAAAUCUGUUGACUAAAAGCAUUGUUUUUGCUUAUCUGUUGACUGUUCCAUUUUACAGUACUUUAAGUAAAUAUUGAGUGUGAAUGUUUUGGAUCAUGAAAUGCAAAUUGAAAGCUACAAUGUUUUUUUAGGUGCUGGUAUGAGCCUGAGCAUGGAGCGGCAUAUUCAACAAACAAAUGAGAGACUACAGUGCAUAAAACAGCACCUUUCCACACCCCAGGGGUUUCAGACCUCAGCAAGGGAACUGCUUGAGUGGUGUGGAGAUGUACGAGCCUUCCAGCGAGCUUUUGAAAGCAACUUAAUGGGAUGUCUUACAGUACGUAUCAAAAUGUUCUAGAAAUUAAAGUUUGGUUAGUCUGAAGUACUUAGAAGUAUGUGUUGCACAUUUGCUCAGUAUGUGUCUCGCCCUGUAUAUGUAAGUACAAAAAUGGGAAGGUAAUGGGAGGAGUGGGAUGGGAGAUGACGGAUGCAAAAGUUGUAUCCCUUUAUGUCCCCUCUCCCAGUCCCCAUUUUCUUUUUUCCCCAAUCCUUGCUAACACCUGCUGUGAAGCAAAGGGGGUUAAUGAAUUGAAGGUGCGAUCCUCAUGUUCAAUUCUUUCCUUGGUUGCACACUGAAUGACAUUUUCUCAGAGAGGGACACCUGUCCAUCUCCACAUGAAGCUGUGCAGCAUCAGAGGUGCUCUGUGCUUUCCACUUUAGUCUUGUGCUUUUUUUUUUUAAAUUCUUCUACUUCAAAUUUUAUGGAGAACCCAGCUGGUGAUGGUGAUAUCAAGUUCUUGCUUUGAUGCAACAGCAUUCACAGGAAAAGUUGAAAGGAUAACCUGGCAAUUUAUCAGCAUGUCAUUUCUAUUCUUUUCAUGACAAAUACGGUAGAGACAAACAAGUGUUCAUGGCCAGUCUGAAAAUGUGAAUGAUUUAUUGUUGUGGCUAUGUCUUCUCAGGUUGUGAGCCAAGUUGCAGCAAAUCCUGGUUAUGAUUUGGAUUUAGGUUAGUUUACCAUGUCUCUCAUUUGUUAUUUACCAACAUCACAGUUUCCUGCAUACCAGUAGUAUAUGUCUCUGCACCCUUUGUCAGUAGUAUUGUACUUAUUAAAUACUUUUCUUGAAAAUUUAAUAAUUUACAGACUGAAAUACUGUGAGUAUUAUUCUAAGGACUGAAAUUUUUUUAAAUGAAAUUAUAGUAUUUAUACCUUUAAGGCUGCAAAUUUGGUUAAUUUUAGAGAAAUUGGCGUGAAUUGUUGCAUCAUAAAGUUGCUUUCAAAAACUGAGUCUCAAAGCGCAACAUGUACUAGACCAGUUGUCUGCCUUGAUGUAUAUCUACCUGCAGCUUGUGCAAGUCUACUGGACUUGCGGGUUCUUCUUGAAAAGUGUUGUUGAAAGUAAAUUUUUGUUAAUUUUUUAGGAUAUAGACUGUUGGCAGUUUGUGCUGCUCACAGGGACAAGUUUACAACGAAAUCAGCAAGUAAGUUUGGAUUUUUUUAAAUACCUAUUGGUGUAUUCCUCAUGAGGUUAAUUAGAUGAAUGGGUCAUCCAUGUCUACUUCUGUCUCAAAGUGAUGCAUGCUACUUUCCUUAACAUUUGGUAUUUUGUUGGCAAUGAGCGGUUCACACAUGUGUUACCAGCAAUGUCUUUUCAAAAACGUCGUAUUCUAUGACGUUGGUGAGAAAACUGAGUUUGAAAUAAAGUGAAUCAGGGCCAUGAAAAGGUCUCCUGUGUUAAACAGGGUAAUGAAGUGAUCAAUUGUCUUAAACAGGGUCAGGGUUUGAAGGAGUCAUUGGUACACUCCCACCCCCCCUCUGGAGAGAGCUUUACACCCGCAUGAAUUGGCUGUUAGGAGACAGCAGUCUGAAAGGAACUUACAGUUAUGUUUACACAAGUCAAAAGAGAGUAUUAUAUCAAAAAAAUUAAGUGUUCGGCGGUCCAAUUAGAGCUUUUGGUCUUGAAAAGAAAUUUCCUUGUUGACUUCUAAUGCUGAAUCUGCUUGGCCAACCCAUGUGUAAAAUAUGCAAUUUCAACCACAAUUUCUGAGGAGCCUUUACUUUCAGGUAGACAGCACCCAAGUGUGGCCAAAAAAAUUAAUGAGCAUACAUUUUUGAAUAUGUAAAUUUUUUUGCAUUUAAGAAAAACUUUAGCUGCUUUGUUAGUGAGAAAUAUUGCUGUUGGAAGCAUGCUUUGUGUAAUCAUCAUUUCUUUGUGUUGUAUUCAAAAAUGAACUAUGAGGCAUGCGGACAGGGUAGAGUGAAUGGCCAUCAAAUAUUCUCCAAGUGCCAUCACAUGAGCGCUUUAAUUGAUCAGUGGGGUAACAAACAUGUUCAAUACUGCACAUUGAUAACCCUCUAAAUGCCAGUAAUAUUUAUUGUGUAUGAACUUUUUUUUGUUUUUUGUUUGAUUUUGAAUGGAUCAAAGUGUAUGUUUUUCUCAAAAAAACUAUUCAAAUGAGCUCUCAAUUAACCAGCAAUGACAUUAUUUAUAUUUUUUCUUCUGUGAACACUUGAAUCUAAUAUUGCACUUAUAUUGGGCUUUUGAUAUUCACAGCUAUGUUAGGAGUCUGGUGUGAAGAUCUUGGUAGACUUUUGUUGUUGCGACACCAGAAGCAAAGGAAUGAUACACAGAAGACAGGGGGAUACCCCACAGGGCCAGCUAACAAGCUAACACAAAUGAAUCAAAUGAACCAAGUCAACCCGUUAAAUCAGCUUCCCAACAAGUAAGUCAAUGGUUUCAUGACUCUUCUCAUACAUGCUAAUUGUAGCUUGUAUUAGAUGAAGGUUGUGUUAAUAUUUCCACAUCAUUUGAAUCGCUUUUGUGUUCCAUUACCUUUCUUAGUAUUAUAAUUAUAGGACUAAUCUUAACAACUAUCAUUUUGAUGAUUCAAGGAACUACACUGUACACGUAUACACAAGCUUUCUCUAAAUUAAUAAAUAGUUGCUUUCUACUUCUAACAGUUUAGCGUAUUAUGCAUAAAGCUGAUUAAUGGCCUGGGUUUUGUAGCUUGGCUAUCAAACUCAAAAGAGUUGAUGUGAAGUGCAUUGAUGUUCUUAUGAACAUUAUGUUAAAUAGAGUCAGUUACAACUUUCUGAAAGGUGCCCAGUGUAAAAUUUAAUAUGUACAGUCUUGUAGCUGUAUUUCUGGGAAACAACAUGCAAGUUUCCUGUUUCUCGAGAAGAUUAUAGAUUUUGCUCAUUACCCAACUUAUGUUAAACUAAGAAUACCAUCUUAUAGCUUUCAUACAUUUUUAAUAGUCUAAUGCAUUUAGAUAAUUGUUUGUUAGGGUAUUGUGAAGUUGGAAAGAUUGCUGUUUUCUCAUAAAACUUUCUUACUCGUGGACAUGUGUAGUUAUUUAUAUAGGUUGACAAUAAAAUUAUUUCGCUUUUGUAGUUAAUUCAGUUUAAUUUGCUGAAGGUCGUGCAGAAUCUAACAGCACUGAAAUUAUUGUGUUGUUUUGUUGGCACCUUACUUUAUGAUCACAUAUUGAUACUUUGAAUAUGUCUCUUGUUUGCUCAUAUCAUGCUCAUCAAGAUUUGCAAAGUUAAUUCUAUAGCAUGAUGACUGUUCAUUGAUUCUGACGUCAACAAAGUAUUGUAGCAACUCUUUACUAUUUAUUUUAGCUACCAGGAUGGUAUUUAACUUACCCUGUGGCUUUUAUGACGUUUAAUUCACCUCUGGGCAGAUGUUGUUGUUAAUAUUGAACAAUAUGAUGCUGUAAUUUAAAGAUUCAUUUUUAUCAUGUGAUGGGCGGAAUACCUUAAUUGCCACAGUAAUUUCACAACGGGCAAAAAAUGAAUAUUCUCCACACUGCUUUACAUGACAUUUUAAAAUGUAAUUAGAUUUUUAAAUGGAUUAUGUAGAAACUUUUGCUGUGAAACCUGUGUAAUAUUGGUGUAACAUAUUUUUUCAUUCAACUCUUAAUGUACCUUAACAUAGUGUUCCAAUAUUCUUAGAAAAUAUUUGUUAGACUCAUUUCUCUGUGUCUUAGUUGUGUUAUAAAUCUUGGAUGCGUUGUGGUGAAGGUCAUUUUUUUUUCUUCUAAUAAUCUGCCUAUAAUUUUGUGGCUCCAUACUAUUACAUGUACAAUGUUGAAGGUGCAUUUUCCACAGAGGUAUGGUAGAAGUUCUUUGGGUACUAAUGCUAUCAAACUAAUUCGCUCGUGUUCAACUCUGAUAACUUGUUUUCAAUGAAAAAAAUUGAUAUAACUGUUAGUAAGUGUUACACGUAUUGAAGGCUUUUUUCCCAUCAUUAACUGAAGCAGGGGACAUUUCCAUUGGUUUGAUUUAUCUAUUUUUUUAAGCUCAAAAUAUACCAGAUUUAAUUUUGCCUUUGCAUACAGCCUGUUAGCAUCUAAAGGCUAGUUGUUCUGGCAUUUGUUAGCAUUAUUGCAGCACCUGUUUUGUGUAUUCUUCUUUACACAUUUAAUAACAUUUAAUGUUAUAUUUUUCACAAGAUUUACAGGCCAGAGAAGAGUUGUAAAUAUUAUUAAAAUACUGAUAAUUCAGGAGUUGCUCAAUUUCUUUAUGUGAUGUAAAAGACCAGUUACCGUUACCCAUAACAUAGUUCCAAAAUACACUGUGAUAUUUGUUUUAAGUGGUAGUAAUUAGGAGUUCAGCCACUUACCUUCUGAACACUCUGUUAUAUUCUAUUAAUGUUAUCAUCAGUCAGGAAGUUUUGACUUUUUGGCUCUUAGGUUGAGGGGAAUAUGACAAAAGAAAUGAAUUAUUCAUCCCUAAGUCUCAGUUUGAAUGUUUUUGUUUCACACCCUUUAUCCUUGGAGCCCAAUUAAGAAUUGAAUUAACUUGAAACUGGCCUAUUUGAAUGAUUAGGGUAUGAUCAGAUACUAGCCUUUCUUGUCCAUGUAUGAUGAAUUCCUUUAAAAUAAUAUAGAUUAUCAGUGAAGUGUUUGUUUGGGCUGUUUAUUGUUCCAUGGGAGCUUUCAAUUAUUCUAAUUUUUCCAUUUUUAAACCUUAAGUUGUGGAAAAAAUGAAGAAAGCAUUUAAAUUACCUUGAUUUCCAACAUCUCCCUGCAGAAAGGAACGAAUAGUUAAGUAGUUAUUGGAAGAGAGGCUAUUUUCCCUCAGCCAGGGUUUUCAAUAAGAGCCGGUGGCUGGCUAAAUUCGCCGGCUAUUUCAUGUAACGCGCCGCCUACUUUCCUUUGGAUAUUACCCCAGUUUAAAUAGAGUAUUCAUGUGCUGUCACUGAAUAAAAAAAAAAAAAUUAAUGAUGUCUGUGUUCUGUUCAAACACUCAAAUUUUUGCUCUAGAAUGCUGAAAAUGCAUUCUAAGAGGUCCAGAUGUCAAAUUUUUUUCAGAAACUGGUGCUAAGUUGCGCCUUUGCCACAGGGUUUUUCCUUCUCCACCUUUUCCAAAGCUUUUGCCACCUAUGUAAAAUCUUAUUGAAAACCCAGGUAAGCUAUAAUUAUGUCACCAACAAGUUAAAUUAAGUUUCACCAUCAUCUUCAUCAUAGUUUAGGAAAUUUUGGAGGUGCAAGGAAAUGUCAUUUGAUGUGAUCACCUUUUAGCAUAAUGCUGGAGGGAUGUUCCUUUAUUUUAACCUAAACUGGGACCUUGUGUUUCAUUUGGAUGCAUGCUUGUGUAGGAAUGUAAAGCUGCAUGUCUUAUCACAGUGCCCUGUUUAACAGUAGUUUUUGAUUUGUCAAAGGAAGGGCAUUUAUUGAUUCUAAGAUUAUGAUGUUUAUUUUAACUUCAUAGAAUAGUCUUUUAAACAGUUACCAACAUUAAUAAACACACUGAAAUUAUAACAAAAGGCUCAAGGUACAAAUAAUGUCGUGGAAUUAACAGGACUUUAUAUUACAUUUUGCAUGCCUCAAAGUUUAAUGUGGCAGUGAAAAGAACUUUUAGUAAUGUAAUUGGCAUAAUGCAUAAAUGUGCACAGCUUUAAGUGCUGUAGAUAACAUGCACAUGUUAAUUGCAGUAGCUAUAGCUGUGAUCAUGUCUUUUUGGACAUUAUUUUUAGAAACAUUUACAAAACCAUGUUUGACUAUUUUCAGUGAUGCAUCAACUGUCAUGUGGCCACAGACCACUCAAGGCCAUGGUCAGCAACAGCCUUCCGUAUCAGUUGUGACAACAGUAUGGGGCGUCACAUCUUCCAUGACAAAUGGAACAGCAAACAUAACACAUGAUCCAAAUAAUCCUGGAAUACCUACAACAAAUACUGUUAACUCUGUGGGACAUCCUUAUCUCUCAACGUCAGCAAAUCCAAAACAAUAUGCUCAACCAGGUGAAUGAAACUCUGUUCAACUGUCUAUUGUUUAUAGUUUUUGUGCACACACCCUUAUCAAGGAGUUUGUCACAAGUUACUUACAAGGCUUAAGACUUAGAGUUGCGGUUAACAUGAUGGCAUGCAAAAUUGGGGUUUAUUCUGGAGUGCAGCAUUGCAGUAUUUCUGCGAUUACGAAAAUACAGUCACAAGAAAUUUAUGUAAGUGAGAUGAAUAAAUUGCUGAAAUGGCUGGCACAAAAAUCGGUAAAUACUUUUAGAUAUGUAGAUCUACGUAGAAAAAGUGAGAAUGAGUAUUGUGAUCACAUCUUUCAAAUUGUGAUGUAGAGAUCCUUAAAAAUUUAGUAGUGCAACUGAAGGCAAAUUUACAAGUUGCUUGCUUUGGAAAUAACCCAAUUUUUGUAGAUGCAGUUAUCAGAACUUACUGAAAUCUAAUUAAUUGAAGCAACAGUUGAAGUAAUGGAAUUAAAUGAAAAUAAUAAAAACAAUAAAUGGAUAAAAGAGUGUGUAGAUCAAAGAGGGCAGAAUGGUUUCAUUAAGAUCCUUUGUCUUUCAAAGGUCAGUUGACUUCGAAAUGAUUGUCCAGAUGUCUUAACGUACUUGGCUCACAGAUGCCAAGCAUCCAUAUGUAUUUUGCCAUGGUAAACAGGGAAUCAAAUCAGCAUACUUUCAUUUACAAACAAGUAAACAAAAUGAUGUUUUUUUUUUCUCUAGGGGGAUAUCCUUCAAGACCAGGAAGCAGGCUUCCACAAGAAACAACGCCCACAGCAGCUCAAUACUUCCAGCGGCAACACAGUUACCCUGCUGGUGCAGGCUCCACACCGAGUGUACCCCCGGGAAGUAGCCACUACUAUAACCAGCAGAGUUCAGUCCCUCCUAAUGCAUCCCCAUUCCCACAAGCAGCAGCCAAUCCUGCAGCAGCUGCAGCUGCGGCAGCAGUUGCAGCAGCUGCUGCUACAGCAACUGCAACUGCUACUGCAACAGCCACUGCUGCUCUUCAAGAUCAGCAGCAAAUGGGUAUGUUUUUAAAGUUUAUUCUGACUUUUGAAUCUCUCUUUUGCAGGUUGGAGGUUUUCUUCUUUAGUGGUAGUUUCUUGUUGUUGGAGAUGGGUGCAAUCACCAAAUGACGCAAUACAAAAGAUUCAAAACAUACCGAGCAAUACCCAGCAAACACCAAGAAACACCCUCAUUGAUGGGCUUGCUCUUGAAAGGUGUUUGGUAAAACAAAGGGCUACGUUAUGUGCUCCCUAAACUGUUUUAUCUGUCAAGAUUGAGAGAAUUUUUUUUCUAUUUCUUUCUCCAGGGGAGUAUGGAUUCUCGCAAGGACAAAACCAGUAUCCUCCAAACCAAGCUAAUCACCCGCAGCAUCCGCCACCCCCUUAUCAACGCAGCAAUAGCUUCCCUCAGUAUCAGCAACCCUUCACACAACAGCAGCAACCUGGAGCUCAGCAGGGAAUGCAGAAAGCUGCACCUGGAAUGACGCGGGCACAAUACAUGCAGGAGAUGAUGAUGAGAAGGCAGCAGCAGCAACAGCAACAUAUGCAACAGCAGCAACAACAGCAGCAAAUGCAGCAGCAUUAUAAAGGACAGUAUCCUGGGCAGUAUGGGGUAAGGCACAGUGCAAGAUUUUGUUAUUAAAUGUUUUCAUGGUGAAGGUUGCUUAGCACCAGUAGUGACAUUCUUUUAUUACUUGAACAAAAACAGCGUCACCUACAGAUAUUGAAUAUUGGGAUGUGUAAUUGUGAAACUUCUGUUAUCAUUGUGCAGUCGCUUGUUUGCACGUGACGUCACGGUGGCCAUGUUGGUAGUCGAGAACAAAAGCAUUUCUCUCCUCUUGGAACUAAACUCUAUUUCCAUGUAAAUUUUUGAGAAAAAAGUCCAUUGCAUUGACCCCCAACAUGGCCGCCUUGUCACGUGGUUGCAAACCAAGAGUACGCUACAGUUGUUUUCACCUCUUUUAGCCAUGGAGUGAUCAGCAUCAAGGUUCUCCCUCUGAUAUAAAUUCUUAAUAGAGCAAAUGGGUGACAAGGAGUAGGAAUGUGAUCACACAAGAUAAAUCUGGCUUCUCCCUUCUACCUCAAAAGGAAACAUAUAGGGAAAACAAAUGAGAAAUUGAAUUUUGAAGCGAGGGUUUACAAGGUUAAUCAACUGAGCAGUCCUUCCAACCUGAUGCCGAAAUUAACAAAAAUUCCAAAUUUCAUUUUGUAAAAUGCUCAAAAACAUUUUAACCAAUAAAAGUAUGCCAGAGACAUUUCAUUUGAAUGGCCACACUCAUUGUACUUAAUUCACAGUCUCAAAAGUUAUAAGAACUAUUAUAAGACUCCACCAGUCACUCUGUGGGAGUGAAGGGGUUAAUGCCUAUCAAUUUUUUAGCUGUAGAUUUUAGUCACAGGAAUUUAAUUACAUUUUUGCGAGGUGAUUAAUGGUUUCUUCACUUGCUGUUUUGCAGCAGGGUGGCUAUCAGGUGCCAUCUUCAUAUCAAGCACAGGGAGGUUAUCAACAACAAGGGGGACCUCCUCCUCCUUACACACCAAGUGUGAGCCCCAUGUCGCAGAUAAACCAGCAGAUGGGACAGAUGAUGCAGCCAAACUCCAUGAACCAGCCAGUUCCGGCGCAAAUGAACCAAACAGUGGGUCCACAGAUGGGUCAGAUGACACCCAUGGGACCAGUAAACCAGAUGUCACAGAUGAACCCUAUGGGACAGAUGCCUCAAAUGUCUCAGGUCUCGCAGAUGUCAUCAAUGAACCCAAUGUCCCCGGCAGGAAUGUAUGGAUCUCAUAUGUCCCAAGCUAGGGCAGGUUCAAUGUCGAGAAGACGAAAAAGCCAACUUCAGUACCAAAGCUCUCCCAUGGCAAAUGCCCUAUCUCCUCCACUCACCCCUGUAGCGACGCCCAGCACUUACAUGAGCAUUAGUGACAUCAGUGGUAAUCCUUCUAACUGUUAUGAUAUUAAACCCCAAAUUGUUCCCAACACUGCAUCGCCCCAGAGCUAUGAGGACAUCAAGCCUCCUAGAUUAAAUAGUAAGUAGGCAUAGUACCACUAUAUUACCAUAAUUAUUACCGUAAUUUGGGACCAAAAAAUAGUUUACCUGGAUUGAAAGUAGCCCCAGUAUCCAGAGGCUGUGUGAUAGUGGAAAUAUUACACCCACAAUAAAAAUGGCAUGAGAUUUCACCCCAGUUUCAGUAAAAUGCAUGCAUCAGGACACUGACAUAAUAGCUAUUAUGACAAGCAAUCUUUCCAUUCCCUUGGCAAUUUCUUAUACGGGAGCAGGUUCCACUGUAACAACUGAAAUUUUGAAAACAUGUCAGUCUAAUAUCUCACAAAUAACCAUCUUGUAAGUUCUUUGCACAGUGGCAGAGUUAUUCCACUUAAAUGCCUGUCUGCUUCACCCAGCACUAUUUCAUGGAAUAUAAUUUACUCUCUUAUUUCUACAGACGAAACUGAUGUAAUUCGUUUAACCUUCCCUGUACGAGAUGGAAUAGUCCUUGCUCCUUUCAGACUGGAGCACAAUUUAGCAGUUAGUAACCAUGUGUUCCAUCUUAGAGAUUCAGUCCACCAAACACUGAUGAUGAGGUAAUUAUUAAAAGUACACAGGUGGAAAAAUAGUUAAUUCUGAAAAAGGUAGCUGCAUGGCCUAAGCAGAUCCUGAGUAGACUAUAAACAAUAGGUGAAACACAUUAAAGAAAAAAUGGCCACUCUGGGGUUUUCAAACUUUCCCUUGAUGUGCAGUGCAUUCAAAGCCACUGUGAGGCAGCAUGGCCAAGCGGUUAGGGUUCUGGACUUGUAAUCCAGGUACCCCAAGUUUAUGGUCUAGCCAGAUUUGUUCUUGGUACACCAGAGCUCAAAUCUUCUGCCAAGCCUGUAAAAUAGCCAACUGGUUCACCCCCUACCAGUUGGGAUUCUUAACCAUGUUAUUAGACUUGCCACAAGUCAACCUCAUGAGUUUCUAAGCGAGCAGAGCAAGCUUUUUAGUCCAUGAAGUGGCCAAGCAAGCGACGAGAGGUUGACCUUCAUCCCGGGCCAUAUUAAAUCAGACAAAGGGUUUUUUUUUUAAGUCUACCGUGUUAUGUUCCUUCGGAAUUAUUUAUUUCAUUAUUCAUGAAAAGCCAAAAGGGAAGAGACAAACAAUCCUUUGUUUAUGUCACCUAAUAUUUAAUGAUGUUUGGAAUUUGGCUUGAACAGUCUUCACCUUUUGUUGCAGGCCUGAUCUUGAACUUCAGUUUAAGUGUUACCAUCAUGAAGAUAAACAGAUGUACACAAAUUGGCCUGCAUCAGUCACUGUCAGUGUCAAUGCUAAUCCUCUUGGCAUUGAAAGGGUGAGUUGAUUAGAUCCUUAGACAGCCAGGUUAAUGAGGGUGAGCUUUCCAUUUGCUUGGCUGAUAAGUUCAGUGUUAAAGAAAAGUCAAUGUCAGUAUUAAUCAAGACUAUCAAGUCAGAUCAUAGUCUCGAUAAAAAUAACCAGAAAGUGCUCUUACAUUUGUAAUUAAAAACUACACAAGUGUAGCUGUUUUUGGGUAAAAAAUAUACAAGAGGUUGGUCCCAUUUCCAUCAGCUUUGCUUUCUUUUUGCUGUCAGAUAGAAACCUCAAGUUUGCCUUCCCAUGACCUGUCUCAUAGACUCCUCACUCAUAUGAGACAAGAGUAGAACUCUGUGAAGUAGAACAGACUGCAAAUAAGUCCUGCUUAAGGGGGUUUGUGACUGCUGCAGAGACCUAAUCAUGUUUUCCAAUGUGCACUCAAGAUGUUUUGAGUUUGUUGUUGUUUGUUUGUUUGCUUUGUUUUGUUUCAACAAAAGAGAAAUAGGAAUGUUAGGAGGGAGGGUAUGUUUACAGGCUAAGGUGUCCUCUUUAGUUGAUGUCGACCAUUUCAGAUGUAAGAGGGUGGUUUGUUUUAGCAGCAUAGUGCAACAUGUGGUACUGAAACUAUUCCUUUAAUCUUCAUUACAGCAAGGAGAUAACAAAACAUCGCACAAACCUCUUCAUCUCAAGAAUGUCUGUAAACCUGGUCGGAACACCAUACAAAUUACAGUUACUGCAUGCUGCUGUGUGAGUAUAACACUCUAGUUAACAUUGCUGUUUGCAUAUCUUUCAAUGGUACCAAAUGAUAAUCACCUUUGUAGAAAAAUGCUGAGCUUCAUUUGAUUACACUGUGUAGGUUACUAAGAUGCAAGGACAAUAGAGUCCUAAAGUGUGAUGUCACAAAAAAUUAAAUGUGUGAAAUUAUCGGAUUUUUCAGGGAACUAUCAAAGAACAACAUCCAAAAGGCUUACUUGCCAAAAAUUAGCAUUCCAGGGCAAAUUGUCUUUGAGAUAUUAGCCCAGUUAUACUCUGAUGACGAUACAAAUCCUUCUAAAUUUGACUCAGUUCAUAACAUUAGGAACCGGAUCAAAUUUAGGAGGAUUUGUAUGGAGUCAUCUGAGCAAAGCGGGACUAGUAUCUCCGAGAUAAUUUGCCCCACAAUGCUAGUUUUUGGCAAGUAGUUCUUUCAGAUGUUGUUCUUUCAAAAUAUCCCAACGCAUUUCAAAAAUUUAAUUUUUGUGACAUCAUCACUUUAAUAGUUACUAUUACACAGCCUCUUUGUUUAACGGCUGCUUUCUAUGCAUUAAUUUUUAUUGGUACCUCUAAUCUGCAUUUCCUAAUAAUUAUUCUGUUUUGUUCUCAGUGCCAGAGGCAUUUUCUCUGAAAGUAACAAUGAGCCUUCUAGACACUGAGGCCCUGUUAACAUAGAGAAAAUUUGUUCCCCCGAGUAGAAGGCCGACCAUUCUACUCGGGACUCGGGACAGAUUUUCUCCCAAUAAGCAGGGCCUGAGGGGGUGUCAAAUGCCCCUACGUGGCAGUAUUUGGUCCACUUUAUCAUUCAAACUAUUUUAGUUUUAUUUAGGGAGUAAAAGAGUGAAAUGUACUGAUAGACACUGUUUUUUUUUAGUCGCACCUCUUUGUUCUUCAACUAGUCCAUAGACCAUCUGUAAGCUCAGUUUUACAAAGCUUACUUCGGAAACGACUUCUUCCAGCGGAACAUUGUAUCAAUAAAAGUAAGUAAAACAUGAUUUAAAUUAUGCACUGGUAAAUUGCAACCAUUGUACUACAUUCUGUACCGUAUCUAAAUCUAUUCAUGAAACAUUUUGCAGGUUUUACUUGUGGUCAUAUGAUUACUGAAAAUCUUAAAGUGUGGAAGAAUCUGAUUUUUAUUGUAAAUCAAGAUAUGACUGUCGCAGUUGAAAUUGCAACUGAAGCAAUUGCAAAUCAAGCAUCCGCCCCCCCCCUUGCUUCCCAGCCCAGAACCAAAAAAAAUUGGGGGUUUCAGGGGGGUGUGAACCUAUGGCCUCCUUGUUAGCGCCGCAUUUCUUUACCAACUAAAGAAGGAAGACUCUUACAAACCAGUUCGUUGAGUAUUAAACCCUGAUUUUACACCAGAGAGAGUGUCAUCGUUUUCUUUGUGAAACGGUACGAUAUUUUGUGAAUUAACCUUUCGUUGUUUGUAUUAAUCAACAGUAAAAAGAAACUUCUCAUUAUGUUCGUCUGCUGGUGGCGCUACUGAUGAUAGCGUGGAGCAAACGGCUAUCAAAGUUUCCUUGAAAUGUCCUAUAACCUUUAGAAGAAUAACUCUGCCAGCCAGAGGCCAUGAUUGUAAACACAUUCAGGUAAACGUAAAGAGCUGUUUUCUGUCUGACAGUGCCCUUUCUUUAACUCUUGGGCAGUGAAAAUAUCCCAAAAAGGUAUUCAAAAACUUUAGCUUUUGUUUUCUAUUCUUUUAGUGUUUUGACUUGGAAUCCUACUUAAGACUCAACUGUGAGAGAGGAAGUUGGAAAUGUCCGGUUUGUAGGUAAGUUUUGAAUAAUUAUGCAAACAUGGGAAGUUGAAGGGUGUUUUGGCAAGAAUUCACAUGGAUUAAAAAUGUUAUUGUAUUCAAAAAGUGUACAUGAAAAAUAGCAAACAACAAGAUAAUUAAUUUUAGCUUUCUUCAGCUGUAUUGGGACACCUUUUACUGAAAUCUUGAGGCCAGCUAUUUGUUGAAGAAAACUAUCCAUUAUAUACUUCUUAAUUAAUUUGUUUAUUUUCUGUCGUUUUGCAGUAAAGUUGCCCUCCUGGAAGGACUGGAAGUUGAUCAGUUCAUGUGGGGAAUCCUCACAGCUUCCAGGUGGUUGCUAUUGUUGCCUUUUUACGAAUAAGCUGUUUAUUUUGUUACAUACCCGCACUAAAGAACUUGAGUUUGGUUUCCGUGAUCUGUAAGGGUCUGCAACCAACAUUAGGCUGAUUGGAACGUCUGUUGACGACUGCGCGCGCAAAUCAAACAACAAUGGCAGAGCGGCAAAUUGGGUACGGGAAGUCGAGUUUAGUCCUUUCCGCGCGUUUACCUGUCGUCAAAUGACGUUCCCGUCCUGUUGCUAAAUCAGCCUAUUCAGGGACACGAACGGCAACCAGUCUGCGUCAGGUCUACCCUAGAUGCCAGAGACUUCUCAUGCGCGGUUUCCGGUUUCGGUCAAUUCCUAAUAGUGACCCUCGCGUAGCCUGUUCCAGGCUCUCAGAUGGUAGGGAUGACGCGUAAGUAAAAGGGACGCAAAAAUGUGAGAGCGUGAUCGUUCUCGUGCUUUCUCAAUUCCGCGGAUCCGACUAUCUUGGUGCAUGGAACGGGCUACCGGGAGAGACCGCCACAGACCGUUUCAGGUUAUAUCAUUAGAAUCCAGGCUGAAAAGAUGGCUGAAGGGGUUGUAUUUUAAUAAAUCGUAACUCAACCCAGUAGUAAAAUAGAUAAAACUGCACUGCCCCAAAAGCACCUAUGUAUAAUCUCCCUAGACACUAGGUUUUUAGGAACUUCAUGAAACGGUUUAAUAAGAACGUCUUAUCUUUGUUGCAAAUGCUGUAUUUACCAAGAACUUCCUUGUUUAAAAUCAUCUUUAAUUUCAAAUUACGAUUUGUCUUCAAUAUACCUCAAGUGUAUUUAUUUCUUACCACACCAACUGAAUUAUGAGGACACUCCACACUUACGUUAGCUGGCUGUAUUUUAUUUCAGUACUGACGUAGAAGAAGUAACAAUCGAUCCGAACAGCCAGUGGAAACCAGUAGCGGUUAAACAAGAACCUAAAGACGAGGAGUGCCAAGGUCCGCAGCCAUCGAAAAAACCCCGCCCGUCACCACCUGACUCGCUGCCACUGUCUGGUGUCAGGACACCAACAUCUCAGAUGUCCAGUAGCAGUGGACACUACUCGCCAUACCAGACACAGCCGCCGUCUAAUCCUCCUAUGAGUGCACCCACUCCUCCUGGACGCACACCUCCUGAGACACACAGUUCAUCUGUUGGAACUGGACAGUUACAGGAGCACAGUGCCAGUAGUGCAUCAACUGCUCAGGCAGCAACACCUCAUAAUGGUGAGUUGUUUCUGAAACCUACCUCCGCCCUCUCCAUGAAAACCUGCAACGGAAACCCCAUUUACACGCGCUAAAAAAAUCGGCACGGCACGCCAAAUUUUUGGCACCGUGCUGACGAUUUUAAGGCACGGCAUUCCCAAUUUUCGACGUGUAAACGUAUCGGUCCCAAAUUAGAACGCGUGUCACCUUUGAACUUAAAGAAUUUCCUUGUCCUUCCUUCCCUCCACCCGCCUGGCAUUUGGAAAUUUAGUCACAGGUGCGAAUACCGGCGGUAGGGAUUAGCUUGCGUAGCUAACGGGAUUAACGGGGUAUUGCUGUAGUUUUCUGGGGGCGUGAAGAUUUUUCUCCCUCAGAGUCGUUUUUAGGGAGCUUUAGCAUCGACGACGGCAACGGUAGCGAAAACGUCAGUUUUAAAAUGAAUUCCCGUUUUUUCAACCUUUGUCGCGUUUAUUCCAAUUUGCUGAAAAUGGCAAAUGUAGGCGAAUUUCCCUGGAGUCGAUUUCUUGAGGACCGCACUCAAGUUUAGAGAGAGAAAAAAAGAGAUUCGUCGUCGCUUGUUUACGUCCUGCAUAAAACUUGCAAUUAGGUAUUUUCACGUCGUAGUCGUGCAAGGACGCUAAAGAAAUGUACAAAAAAGCGUGAUGCACGUGCAAAGUUGUUGUUUUAAGUCAUAAACCUAUGGCUUUUUUGACGUCCUGGUUGCCGUCACCGUCGUCGUUGCUAAAGCUCCCUUUUGUCUAGUCACGUAACCCUCCUCCCCAACAAUUGCGUGAGGAGACAAAAAUGGCUGCGAGGCUCCGCCACCAAGAACGUACCUCGGGCACAUCAAUCCUGCCAGCUACACAGGCUAGGUAGAGACGGACGGAAGAUAUUCUCUUCGUCUGACAUGGCGAUUUUCUUUUUCAAGUUACCCGUGUAUGUGGAUCUACUCUUCAGGGAAUUUCUUCCUAGUUUUAACUUUUGAUACCUUUUGGCCCAUUUUUGCAGCUGAUAAAAUGACUCCAAGUCCAGUGACCAGUCAAGCCACAACGCAAAAUGCUAAUCAAAGCCGAGGUCCUGCCACUCCUCAGACUCCAGGAAGUCAUACAAGUCAGAAGGGGACCACGGACAGGCCACAACACCCAUCAAGCCUUCCUCAGGCUCCUGGAGCUGGGAACACUGAUACCACGGCGCCCGACUUGGAAAGUGAUAACCUUCCAGAUGAGUUUAACUUCGAUGUACUGGAGAGUGACCAUGGAGGAGGAACAGAUGGAGUGGAAGGCGCUUUAGAUGUAAGUUGUUUGUUUGUGUAGUCAUUUACAGGAAGGCCAUGCGCUACGUAGCCUACCAUUUAUCAGUAAUACGAUGAAAUCCAAAUGGUUAACCUAUAUGAUUGUGUUUUUCUUUGAUCAUUUUGGAAGUAAUUUUGCAUCAGAACGAAGGUGAUACAGGUCGUUUUGAUACAAAGUCAAGCAGUGAAAUUGCAUAACAGUUGAAACUCUUAGUAGUUAUCGCGUGGACAAGAAAAACAUAUGACGUGAGUAGUCCUCGUUCUAUAAGCCAACUUCGCGAAACUAUUUAUACCUCGACUCAAUUGACUUGUAUCGAAACGACCGGUAAUCAUGAAAGCGCAUCGGAACCUGGAGCUGUCAUAAACAACUGGAGUUUCUGUUGCUAACCGUUUUGGAGCUUUCUCUUGUUAACGUUUGACUCUACCCGGGAGCGAGUCUCGAGGUAUAUUAAAGAGUUCCCAGUUUUGAGCCCCCAUACAUUCGUUUACGCCACUGCAACUUUGAAGUGCAUUCAGCACCGUGUUGUCGUUGUGCUUAUUCACUUAUCGGCUUACCGUUGAAUUUUCAGGUCUUACCAGGUACCCUCGACCCAGAAGAACUUUUUAGCUACUUGACGCCGUCCGACAUGCCCAGCGAAGACAUUCUCUCCAUGUUUGAGUAAUAUAAUAUGUGGCUAUUAGUCAUUAUUCAAAAUAUUAAAGAACCAUACUGAUUCAGGGUUUUUUUUACUUUGCUUCUUGCAAGUAAAACAUAGUAAUAUACAUCUUAAAGGAAUAUAUUUGUAGUCAGUGUAUCUCCUGUAUUGGGUGUCUUAAUCGCAUAGCGAAGAGUUAUCCGUCGUCGAAUUUAGCUGUAUUCACGUUAACUAUUAGAAGCGUGUACUUUUGAGUAAAAAAUCGCCACUUUAGAAACAACAAGGAAACUGAGCUGAGUUAACCUUCGCUAUGGCGCAUGGUACUCUUACAAGGGACGGGUGAAAAAAACAGCCAAUAGCUGACUAGCGCAUCUCCAGGAACAAUCCCAGAAGCAAUUGCGGGACGCAUUUCUGCUCCAAUCCACUUUCGUUUCCAAAGUGGUGAAUGCAGUUUUAUUAACGAUCCCUCCUCGGUUUACAGUGCCAUUGUUUGACAGUUCCUUAAUCUUGCUGUACCUCUUUUACGUGAUGUUUUUAUACAUUUCGCCUUUUUAAUGAUGUGUUUAAGCAUGAACAGGAGAAAACAGUGAUCUCAGAUAAGGCGUUGUUUUUAUCUUGUGAGCUAACGGGACGUGUAUAUUGAACCGACGCAACAAAAUGUAUCUUAGAACAGAGCUCGUGAAACUGUGAUUUAUGGGUCAAACUCAGGAUUAAUGAUAUUAUUAUGCAAAGGACAAAUUAAUUUGACUCUUGCGUUAUGUGAAUAAUACAAAGAACGUUUUUAACCAUACACAAUGGUGUGUUAUGGACACAAAAGAAUUAUGAUUCCAACAUUUGGAAUUCGUUUAGUAAAUGCUAUAAUAUAUGCAUAAAUAAAUUAAAGAUUGUUACGCCUCUAACUGUAAACAUUUAGUAGUAUUCUGUUCUAAUAGUUCUUUUUUAUCAUUGUUAUUAGAGGGAUGUAUCUGUUUUAUUUCAGGUAGGGAGUCUAAAAGAUGUAUGAGACACAAAAGUAGUGAAGUAGUAUCAAGAUAUCGCCAGAGUAAUAUUAGUUACGUAAGAGGUGGCUAGAGAUUGAUUGGCUGGCCAAAUGUAGUUGCGUAUUGAAUGUUGUUAUAUAGCUGGAAAUUUUUUUCCAACAGCGCGCGCUCUCAUUGGUUACUUCGAGGUCACAUGACAUCUAACAAUGAAACUGUUUCCCGCCAAAAUCUCGCUUCGGGUAAUGUUGCAAAAUCUAUGACGUCAGAGGCUAGCAGUGCACUGUUACCCGCGAAUGUCGACCGACGACCGCCGUUAUAGCGAGGUUUCAUGAAUUUUUGGUUUCAAAAUGUCCAGCUAUGUAACAAAUCACAUAAAGACUGGCCCCGAGGGAAACAUUUCAUUUUGUUUCGAGAUUCUCGGGAAACAAAAUUAACUGUUUCCCUUGGUACCAGUCAUAAGUGUACAUUGUUUUACUUUCCAGUCUUCUAAAUUAAUUUUGUCGUCGACCAGCAUACCCGUCCGCUUUUUAUUUUUUUCGCACUUUUCCAUGUUCUCUUGGUAAAUACAUGCUUGCAGAAUAUACUCGACCAAAGUGUUCGCUAGGAAAAUCCCGAUUUGAUACCAACAUCCUUUUAUAAAGUGGAUGUAGAUUAUCGAAUCCUUAUGCAAAGUCCGUUUUGGAUCUCGUAAUUGUUGAGAAAUCUGAAUUGGAAUUUGAACCUCCAUAUCUUGCGAGUAGGUUCAACGGAUGACGCUUUUAUUGUCGUUUGUUUCCUUGCUUCCCACAAGUUUUUGACUUUUGAUAUUUAUUCUACAGUUGUUCCCACAAAGAUGUCUUUGCUUUCAGUUUUAUUUAACUCCGA